AUGAUGCCAACACAUGGUGUCGAAAGCAUUUUGGAGGCAGAAUUCUUUCUCUUCAGAAGAGUGAAGUCUUUUCUCUUAUUGGCCAUGGCCUAUGACCGCUAUGUGGCCAUCUGCUUCCCCCUGCACUACACCACCAUCAUGAGCCCCAAGCUCUGUCUCUCCCUGGUGGUGCUGUCCUGGGUGCAGACCACGUUCUAUUCCUUGUUGCACACCCUGCUAAUUAACAGAUUGUCCUUCUGUGCAGACAAUGUGAUCCCACACUUUUUCUGUGAAAUAUCCGCCCUGCUCAAGCUGGCCUGCUCUGACACUCACGUUAAUGAGUGGGUGCUAUUUAUUAUAGGAGGAAUUUUUGUUGUCAUCCCAUUCCUACUCAUUCUUGUAUCCUAUGCAAAGAUAGUGUCCUCCAUUCUCAAGGUCCCUUCUGCUCGAGGUAUCCGUAAGGCCUUCUCCACCUGUGGCUCCCACCUCUCUGUGGUGUCACUGUUCUAUGGGACAGUCAUUGGUCUGUACUUACGUCCAACAGCUAAUAAAUCCACUGUGAAAGAUAUUGUCAUGGCUCUGAUGUACACGGUGGUCACUCCCAUGCUGAACCCCUUCAUCUACAGCCUAAGGAACAGAGACAUAAAGGGAGCGCUAGGAAGGGCUCUUUUUAGAAAGAAAAUUUCCUUCUGUGUGUGA